AUGUUUUCAAAUUUAUCUGUUGAUGAAUUUAUAGACAAAGUAUUACGUUGUGAUGAAGAAAUAUUACAAAAUGUCAGUGUUUUAGAAUUUUUUAAUAGUGAUGCUUUAACUGAUAUCACAGAUUCAAUGCUAAGAAACUUCAAGUUAUAUUCAACUUCAUGGGUACAAAAUAAAAUCACUGCUACCAAAGAUCCAAAAGAGCUUGAGAGAGCGGAUAGAAUCUUUUUAGAAUUAUGUUUCAGUUUGAGAAGUUAUUGGAAGUCUAGAUCUCGUGCUUUGUUAUUAAGUCAAACAUAUGAGAAAGACUACAUAGAUUUGACUAAGAAGCUUCAAUUAGUGGAUGAAGCAAAUACACAUUUGAAAGAAUCUGAUAGUUUAAGAGAUGUUUUAGGUAUUAUAAGAUCAGUUGGUAAUUUUAUGAAUGAUACUUCAAAGCAAGCGUUAGGGUUUAAAUUGGAUACAUUACAGAGAUUGAAAUUCAUGAAAGAUGAUAAGAAUUCUAUGAAUUUCCUCGAUUAUAUUGAAAAGAUUGUUAGGAAUUCGUUUCCUGAAUAUGGUGCAUUCGUUGAUGAGCUUAGUUGUUUAUCGGUAAUACAAAAUAUCUCUGUUGAACAACUUCGAGAAGACUGUGAAGAGUUUGGGAAACUGAUUACUAAUGCCAGAACGUCAAUAGCCAAGGGUAACUUGAGUGAUAAAUCUAAAAUGCAUCCUAAGGAAAAUGUUCUUAGUGUGGUUGACCCAUUAUUAGAGAAAGCAGCUCAUAAGAAUGCUUUGUUACAAGCUCACCUUAAGAGAACCAUGAAGGUUUAUUAUUCAUUGAUGGAAUUUUUUGGAGAAAAUACAGAAGAUUCAGCUGCAGUUGGAGGAUUUUUUAAUAAGAUUGUGGUAUUUGUGAACGAAUUUAAGAAAGCUCAUAUAGAAAAUAUUCAAAGAGAAGAAGAAGAAAGAGCAUAUGAAGCUAAGAAAAAGGCAAUAGAAGAUUCGAUAAAGAAGAUUAAAAAGAAUCAAGAGAAGACAGAGCAAAAUAAUUUGGAUGACAGUGAAGAUUCAACAACAGAAGAUAAUGUUGUGAUUAAUAGUGAUAGAGAAGAAGAGACUGAUGAUUUAAAUGCCAAGGAUGGAUCCAGUGCUGUUAUUGAUAAUUUAUUAGAAAGGUUGAAAUCAAGCGCUCUGUCAAUAGUAUCUUCCAGUUCGAGAGAUCGAAAAUCAAGAGAUAGAAGAAGUAAAGCAUUAUCAUUUUAUUCAUCAGUGUCUUAUGAUGACAUAUUAAUGCCCCAUGAUACCAAUAUAUCUGAAAGUGGAUCUUUACCAUUACCAACUACUGCUAGUAUUGAAUAUGAAAGUGUUAAUUCAUUAAAGAGAAGGUUAACAGAAAGAAGAAGAAUACCGGACCAAACAAAUAGUGAUUCCAAAACGGAUCAAAUAAUGCUUAGAGCUCAUUCAAUGUUACAUCAAUUACGUACAGAAGGCUCUGAACUGCUGCUGAUCUUAGAUGAAAUGAAUUAA